AUGUCUUCUCCCGAGAAGCGCCGCUCUCAGCGCACUUCUGCGUCGGCGACUCCACGGCGAAGCGCCCGUGGUCAGAAUUCUCAGGUAUCCGACAGCAGCCCAGCGCCAGUAGGUCCAGAGGAGCAGUUACAGUCCGAGGCUUCGCAGGCGUCGCAACGUGGAUCGCAAGCGACUCCUCGCAAUGCAAGAUUCCAGACCACUUCGACACAAUCCCCGCUCUUCUUCCGCUCAUCGCCUGCAAACCCCUCCAAUUCGGGGCCAGCGAAUGGCGACGAAGAGAGUGAUGGCGGUGCAACACCAAAGGCGUCUGCGAUGACGAUUGGGGAUUCAUCGCCCAUCCACUACGCAUCCUCCUCUAGCCCUGGUCGAGCCCGCAAUGCCCAGAACGUCCCUGGGAGCAGUAGCAGCGCCCUUUUCGUGGGCGGCUCCGAAUCUGCAGCCCGAAAUCGACGAAGCGACAUCCACUCAGACGUCUUCGGCACCAGCUCUACCAAUCGCCGGCGCAGGCUCUUUGUCGACGAGAAUGGCAUGCCAGUGCAGGAGGCUUCGGACGCACCAACCUUCUCCAACAUCAACCCUGACACAUCAGAUGCAGACGUCUUGGGCGGCAACUCUACACGAGUCAUUUGGGGAACAAAUGUGUCGCUUGUCGAUGCCCGGCAUGCCAUGAGAGACUUCUUGAUGAACUUCCGAAGGAAGUAUCGCAUGGUUCAGGAUGGGGAGCUGGCUGAGGGCCUGAGUCUUCCGGACAGUCACCCGGCCAUGGCCAGAGAAUAUGUCGAUAUCAUGAAGAUGAUGCUGGAGCUCGGUGUCACGCCAUUGAACCUGGACGCGCGCAAUCUCAAGUCUUAUCCGCCAACAAGGAAGCUCUGGCAUCAACUGCAGGCUUAUCCGAACGAAAUCAUCCCCAUCAUGGACGUGGCGAUCAAGGACACCAUGCUCGAACUUGCUGAGAAGCGCAUGGCAGAAAUGCGAACCCAGAUGUCACAAGCACAGCGUGCUGCUCAACCCAGGGCUCGCGACUCGAGCUCCCUCCCGCCCAUGCUGAGUUCCGAUGCCCCUACACCUGGUGCUCCGUCUCCGGCUCCGUUCGCAGAAAUCCCGAAUCUGGUCAGUGAGGUCGACCAAAAGACGUACAAUGUCAGGCCGUUUGGUCUCGAUCACACGAUCAACUUGCGUGAACUCAACCCUGGCGACAUGGACAAGCUGGUCAGUGUCAAGGGUCUGGUGAUUAGGACCACGCCUAUCAUCCCAGACAUGAAGGAUGCUUUCUUCCGCUGCUCUGUCUGUAACCAUACUGUCAGGGUCGACAUCGACCGUGGCAAGAUCACCGAGCCCACCAAGUGCCCGCGCGCCGUAUGCGACUCGCCAAACUCGAUGCAGAUCGUGCACAACCGCUCCGGCUUCGCGAACAAGCAGGUCAUCAAGCUACAAGAGACACCAGAUGACAUGCCGGACGGCCAAACACCUCAUUCGGUGUCAUUGUGUGCAUACGAUGAACUCGUGGAUGUCUGCAAGGCCGGUGAUCGCGUUGAGAUCACUGGUAUCUUCAAGUGCAAUCAAGUUCGCAUCAACCCGCGCCAGCGAUCCGUAAAGAAUAUCUUCAAGACUUACGUCGACGCCCUUCACAUCCAGAAGGUUGACAAGAAGCGAAUGGGCAUUGACGUAUCAACAAUCGAAGAGGAACUCGCAGAGCACGCAGCUGGUGAUAUUGAAGAAACCCGCAAGGUCUCCGAAGAGGAAGAGGAGAGGAUAAAGGCUACUGGCGCUCGUCCUGACGUUUACGAUCUGCUCUCUCGCUCGCUGGCGCCCAGCAUUUACGAAAUGGACGAUGUGAAGAAGGGUAUCCUGCUUCAACUUUUCGGUGGCACCAACAAGCAGUUCGAGAAGGGUGGCAGUCCGAAAUACCGUGGCGACAUCAACGUCCUACUGUGUGGUGACCCGUCCACAGCUAAAUCUCAGAUUCUACAGUACGUACACAGGAUCGCACCGCGCGGUGUGUACACCUCCGGAAAGGGUUCCUCUGCAGUUGGUCUAACUGCAUACGUCACCCGCGAUCCCGAAACCAGACAGCUUGUGCUUGAGUCUGGCGCUUUGGUGUUGUCUGACGGCGGUGUAUGCUGCAUUGACGAGUUCGAUAAGAUGUCGGAGGCAACGCGAUCCGUUCUUCACGAAGUCAUGGAACAGCAGACGGUUUCCAUCGCCAAAGCUGGUAUCAUCACCACUCUCAACGCCCGUACCUCGAUUUUGGCAUCUGCCAACCCUAUCGGAUCGAAGUACAACGUCAACCUCCCCGUUCCGCAAAACAUCGAUCUUCCGCCUACGCUGCUUUCGCGUUUCGAUCUUGUCUACCUCGUCUUGGACCGCAUCGAUGAGCAGAACGAUCGUCGCAUGGCUCGCCAUUUGGUUGGCAUGUAUCUUGAAGACACGCCUGAGAAUGCCAACAAGAACGAGGUCAUGCCUAUCGAGUUCUUGACUGCCUACAUCUCUUACGCGCGCUCAAACAUCCACCCCAAGAUCACUGAGCCCGCAUCGAAGGCUCUCGUUGACGCAUACGUCGCGAUGCGCAGCCUCGGUGCCGACAUUCGCUCGCAAGAACGAAGAAUCACAGCUACUACACGUCAAUUGGAAUCCAUGAUCCGUCUCGCAGAAGCCCACGCAAAGAUGCGCCUAUCAGAGGAAGUCACGGCCGACGACGUUCACGAGGCUGUCCGCCUCAUCAAGUCGGCGCUCAAGCAAGCAGCUACGGAUGCACGCACCGGUCUGAUCGACAUGUCGCUCCUCACCGAAGGUACAUCGACCAGCGACCGCCGCAGGAAAGAAGACCUCAAGCGUGCGGUUCUUGCCUCGCUCGACGAGCUCGGCUCUGCUGGCCAGAGUGUGCGCAUGAACGACCUAGUCAAGAAGGUGCGAGAAGGCGCCAGCGAACAGGUCGAGAACCAGGAGUUCCUGGAGGUACUGCGUAGUGCCGAACUUGAAGGUGCUGUGCAGAUCAGUGGUGAGGGUAUGAGGAAGAUGGUCAAGAGGGUCGUUGGCACUUUCUAA